UUAAUUUUUUGUUAUUUGCCGGGAAAUAAAAUAUACCUAAUUAUCUUUUUUUCAUGAAAACAUAAGUGUCCCCUAUAUUUUGUGGUCAAAAUGAUCCAUAAAAAUAAGCUCCUUCUAUCAUUUUUAGUUAUUAUUUUGCCUCUGAAAGGCAUUCAGCCAAUGAAUGGAAAGUCUGCUCCAUAUGAUGUACAUUGGCUUGGGGGGCCGACAGUAAUCGAAAGAGAUGUUCAGCCAUCAAAGCAAACAGUAGAAAUAUAUUGUUAUCCAAAAACACCAAAAAACUUGUUUGCAUUAUGGCAAACGGUUAAAUUCCACAUUAAAAUAAAGAAUGACGAGUUCAGCCAGUAUAUAGGUGAAAAUCCAGAAGAAGUAUACAAGGAGUUCAAAGAAGACAGCUAUGGCUGGGCCGUUGUUAAUCCUUUUCAGAAAAAGCCAUCUAAGACUGUUUCAAUUAACUUAUUUUCUACAACCUGUAUGGCCAUCAAUACAAAAAUAAACCAUAGCAUAGAGCUACAGAUACAAAGAGUGGAUCUUUGGAGAGUGGUCCUUAUGGCAGUUGGCAUAGGACUCAUAUUUUCAUCCCGGACAUUAAGCAAUAAUCCUGUUUUCUUCUAUCUGUGUGGAAUAUUAGUUGGUACCAGUGCUUCUUUUAUGGUGCUUGUGUACUAUGUCAGCAAAUUGUUGCCAAAAAAAACCCUUACAUAUGGCCUACUCAUUGGUGGUUGGACAGUUGGUGUAUACUUGUUCCAACAAGUAUGGGAGAAUAUACGGAGUAUAGUUAUGUCGUACCAGGUGUACCUUUUCUGGUAUACACUCAUCUUCAGUUUCAUCAGCUUCCUAGUGUGCUACAGGAUAGGACCGCCGAAGAACCAGAGGAGCAAAAAUCUGGUCAUGUGGACAUUACAGGUGGUUGGAGUCCUUAUGAUUUUCUUCAGCAGUCAGUAUCAAGAGGCAUCAGGGGCUAUUGCUGCAGCUUCCAUCAUCAUCAAGUACUUUCCCCAAUCACUUGUCAUCAUGAUACAAAGUUACUGGCGCCGAAAGUUCCCUCCAAAGCCUCGUCUGUUAACAAGCGAGGAGUACUACGAGCAAGGAGCCCGGGAGACGAAGCGCGCGCUCGACAACCUGCGGAAAUACUGCUCCAGCCCUGACUGCGCUCAGUGGAGCAUCAUGCUAAAGCUGAAUGACUCAAAAAGGCGUGGGGACACAACUCUUAGCCCAGCGAGUGUUUCUCCAAGGAAAACGAUCAAAUCUCCCACAAAACAUAUCCGAAAGAUAAAGUUUGCUAGUUUCGUUGAAGGCAAUUCGCAUCUAAGUGAUGAUGAAGUAUUAGAUUACGAGUCCUACGCUUUUUCCAUGGAGCGCACAAAACCCGUGGCCAAUUCGACCAGAAACAUGGAGAUAUCAGACGACGACUCGUCCGAUGAUGAUGAUUGAAGUGAUUAGCGUUUGCUCGUUAACAAGGCUGAUUUAAAUUUUAGCUAGUCAUGAAGUUGAGAUAUUGAAUAUUAACUGUUGAGGGAUCCUCAAAAAACAUUCUCCAAAAUAGAUUUUAGGAUCCCAAAACAACUUUUAUAAUGGUAAGUUGUUCAUUAAUAAUAAACAUUUUCUUUGUAAAGAUCAAAUAACAAAACAUGGGCAACAUCAGCAUAAUUUUUGUCUUUAAAUAUCUGUAGUUAUUGAC